ACUCAUCUCAGGGACGUGUCGCGGCCAGUGGCAGCAUGGAGUGGAUUGAGGUCGGUGCCCUUCGCCUCACUUUGUUGGGGAAGAAGCAGCAAGAGUUGGCCAAGAAAAAAGAGAUGAUGGAAACAGGAACACGACGCCUUCAAAGCGAUUCCGAAGGCUCUGAGACAGACAGUGAAGCUGACCAAGCUUGCUGCAAAGGGGCUGAAGUCCGCCGGAAGGCAAUGCGAGAAGCAAUGCUAGGGCAGAAGAGAAAGAAUUCCAAGGCUAGAACUGUGCAGCCAAAAAGUGCACAAGUGCGCCCCACUGCAACGGUCUUGGGAAAUCCUCCCCUCCAUGAGAUACCGACUGCUCACCCCAUGGAUGCCGGGGAUGCUUCAGCUCAAAAUCGCGUGGUUCUUACUCCACGUGAAGAUGAGGAAGCUACUCUUGCUCCAAGCUCAAGCAGGCCUGGAAGAGCUCAGGGAGAAGCUGCUGAUGGCCCUCAAAAGAAGCGAAAACAGGAGCCCCUGCCAGAAGCCAAAGAUGCCAAAGUCCAGUGGGAAUUCUCGCGGAAAGUGUCAAGAUUUUUGGAAUCAAUUCAGCAGAGUCGCAGUAGUCGCAGUAAUCAAGAAGUCAAAGUGGAGGCAACCGACUCUCUAAGUUCUACGGGCAAGACAGGCACUGCUAAUUCAACUUGUGACCCUGAGUUGACCACUGCGCAGCUUCCAAGGAUGGAUACUGCUGAGGAUCUCCAGGCUAAUCGGACUGCAGCCUCCAGAGAACUUGCGGACAAACAACUCCGAAUGUUGUUUGAGCUGAGGACAAGAAAUUUGGAGACAAAACUGGCCGAUGAGCAAGAAAAGCGCGAGGCCGCUGAGAAAAAGUGCACAGCUUUGCAAGAGCAGGUGGAGACAUUGUCGGGGAAAGUUUCUGAGUUGGAAGCGCAGUUGCAGAUGCAGAAGACUGUUUCUGGACUGAGCCCUGGUGUAACAUGGCAAUACGAAGUAGAUGACCGUUGGGAAGCGUUUGCACCUGAGGCAAAUGAACAUAUGAACCAAGCAUACCUCAAGUACGUUAGAGGGAUUCCUGACAGCCGAUAUGCCACCAUCAAUUCAGGUGGAGUGGCCCGGUUGGUGGAUUUUGAAGAGAGGCAGCAGAAACACCUAAGGACUGGAAAGACUCGCCAAAUCCGCAUCUUACCUGGGGUGCCUUCCCAGUGGGAGACACCAACACCAGAGUUGCUUCAGCAAGGGAACGAUUUGCGAUCCUUCUACAUCGAAGUCACAGACCACACGAUUUGGAACUCAAUUCGCUACAUUCUUCAAAAUACUGGUCAUGCAUGGGACCAGACGAAAGAUUGUUCCUGCAUGGGCUGGGCAGAAGUGAAGUCUGUGCAUCGCAUUGAGAACAUGGUUCUUUGGCAUCGAUACAAAAGGCGGCUGGAUACCAUGCGACAGGACCAUGCCACCAGCAACGUUUCAGUUGGUUCGGCAGACUUGGACCUGGACGGCUAUGGCAACAUCAUGGCCCAAUCUCAACAGACCUUCGACUGCGGUGAGGUCUUGGCUCUUGAUGUUGAUGAGAAGAUCUUGUUGCAUGGCACCUCUUGGCACAAUGCAAAUUCCAUUGUCAGAGAAGGCUUUGACCAUCGAACUUGUCAGAGUGCUUUCUACGGCGCUGGUGUUUACUUUGCGUGCGCAGCAUGCAAAUCUCAUCAAUACACGUGUGACCAGCAGCACAAAAUCAAAAAGUGCUGUCAGUGCCAAUGUGAUAGGACAGUGAUCAUUGCCCGUGUGGCACUUGGUGAUUCCUAUGUUGCAACCGAAACCAGGAAGAACGAAAGGAGGCCACCAGUCAGAAGUGAUUUAUCUGGCACCUAUGACUCCAUUGUUGUGAAGCCCGGCAUGAUCAAGGGCCAUCACAAGCAGCAGAUUCAUCAAGAGUACGUGACCUUUGAUAAGGAACAGGCUUACCCCUGCUACGUGGUGCAGUACUCUGUCUGAACAUCGACAGUUGAGAUUUGAACUCUGAAGGAGUGCUUUUCUCCAGCCUGCGGCAAGCGUCAAAA